CGGAGGCUCGGAGGAGGUAGGCACCACCAGAGCAUUCGUCGUCCUCCGCCUCGCCGCCACCACGCCCCGGCCGCCCUCUCCCAGCCUUCCCCUCCUCCUUCUCCCAGGGCUCCCACCCUCGCAUGGCGACAGCCCCUCGUCCCUAGCCCUAGAUCCCGCCGCGCUCACUCACUCACGCACCAGGAUAGCCGCGCCCGCGCCCGCCCCCCCGCCUCCCUCCCACCACCCCCGUCCCAGUCCCACCCGUGCCCCCUCCCCAUGGACGCGGGGAAUGGCUGCAGCGCGCGGGCGCUAGCGGCGUGCGUGAUCGGCGGCAUCGUGCUGGGCGCCUCGGUGCUGGCGCUGCACCUCGCGGGCGGGCCCGCCGCCAUCCCGCCCUUGCCCCUGCCUUCCCUCGGCGCGCUCCGCCGCCGCCGCCGCAACCGCCGCCCCGUGCGCGUCUACAUGGACGGCUGCUUCGACAUGAUGCACUACGGCCACUGCAACGCGCUGCGCCAGGCCAGGGCGCUCGGGGACGAGCUCGUCGUCGGCGUCAUCAGCGACGACGAGAUCAAGGCUAACAAGGGACCACCCGUCACGCCGCUCCACGAGAGAAUGAUAAUGGUCCGUGCUGUGAAAUGGGUAGAUGAUAUCAUUCCAGAUGCACCUUAUGCCAUAACUGAAGAAUUCAUGAACAAGCUAUUCAAUGAGUACAACAUCGACUACAUUAUCCAUGGGGACGAUCCUUGUUUGCUACCGGAUGGUACUGAUGCAUAUGCUCUUGCCAAAAAGGCUGGUCGAUACAAGCAGAUUAAGAGGACUGAGGGAGUGUCGACCACAGACAUUGUUGGACGGAUGCUUCUUUGUGUUAGAGAGAGAUCAUCUGAUGCCCAUAAUCACUCUUCACUACAAAGGCAGUUCAGUAGUGGACAUGGUCAGAAAGUUGAUGAUACUGGAUCUGGAACUGGAACAAGAGUAUCUCAUUUUCUUCCCACAUCUAGGCGAAUAGUUCAGUUCUCAAACAGCAGGGGUCCAGGUCCAGAUUCUCAGAUAGUUUACAUAGAUGGUGCUUUUGAUCUGUUCCAUGCUGGACAUGUUGAGAUAUUACGGCUUGCUCGAGAACUUGGAGAUUUCUUGCUUGUGGGGAUUCACACAGAUCAGACCAUAAGUUCAACUCGAGGACGGCACCGCCCAAUCAUGAAUCUCCAUGAGCGAAGUUUGAGUGUUUUGGCUUGUCGUUAUGUUGAUGAGGUGAUCAUUGGUGCUCCAUGGGACGUUUCAAAAGACAUGAUUACCACAUUCAAUAUUUCGUUAGUUGUUCAUGGAACUAUUGCUGAAAACAUGGACUUUGCAGAGGAUGAUUCAAACCCAUAUGCUGUUCCAAAGGCUAUGGGCAUUUACCGCCGGCUGGAGAGUCCCUUGGAUAUCACAACAAGUACUAUCAUCAGGAGGAUUGUUGCUAACCACGAAGCUUACCAGAAGCGGAAUGAGAAGAAGGAAGCCAGUGAGAAGAAGUACUAUGAGAGUAAAAGUUUCGUCAAUGGGGAGUGAAGUUAUGAGUAGCAGGACUUGCAUGAAGAAUGUUGCCUAGAUCAUUUUAGAUCUCAGCCUUUUAGCAACGGCAACAGUUGGUUGAUCUACAGUUGUACCUUUUUCUUCAGUAUCUUUGAUGUUCUCUGCUGACAUAGCUUAGGAAGCAUCAGGCGCGACAUUGAAGAAUGACUAGCAGAGUCGAUCGCUAGUUUGGCGAGUCUAGGAGCAUUUCCAUCAUUUCCCCAGUGUCUCCAGCCAAUUUUCCCUCGCUGCUGUAUUGUAUAUGCGCCUUCCAGCUGUUGUUUCCAGCUGAGUUGCAUUUGAGAUCUAUAGGCUUUCCGAACCCCUCGAAAUUGUGCACUACAGUAUUGAAAACCCUGAAUGUUAGCGUGAUUAACUAUUGGCUGCUGAUGUUUCUUUCCCAUCCGCACUGUAAUGCACUGGCAGCAGUCCUUUUUCUUGAAAAUCAGGUUGGUUUCCUUC